AUGAAUAUUGUAACUUACAAUAUAAGAGGGGGAGGGAACUAUUCUAAGAGAAAGAAAAUUAGUUUCCUAUUGUGUUCCGGCAAAAUUGAUGUGUGUUUUUUACAAGAAACUAAGAUUGAUUGUGUUACUGACUCGAUUGCUAAAUCCUUUUGGGGAGGAGAGAAUGUCGAGUGGACGGCUAGUAGCUCGGUUGGAGCGGCGGGAGGUAUGUUAAUUCUAUGGAAGAAGGAAACUCUGCAAGUCAAUUUCAGUUUCAGAGGGUUAGGUUAUGUUGGUAUCAAUAUCACUAAAGAAGGAAGACCGGUUAAUUUAGUUAACGUAUACGCACCCAAUACGGUUGUUCAAAGAAGAAAGUUGUGGGAAGGCUUGGUUCAUAGGCGGAACAGGGACAGCGACAUUGAGUGGUGUCUUGGGGGCGACUUCAAUGAGGUCACUAGUAGUCAAGAGAGGUUGGGGGAAGGGGUUAAUCAAAAUCGAAGAGGUAUGAUUGAUUUUAGGGAGUUUAUUGAAUCCAUGGGAGUGGUUGACGUUCCUUGCGUUGGUGGAAAGUUUACGUGGUUCAAAGAUAAUGGGAAGGCCAUGAGUAGACUUGACCGCUUCUUGGUGACAACUAAGUUGAUUGAUGUGUGGGGGGUAAUAGAUCAAAGGAUUGGAGCUAGAGACAUAUCAGAUCAUGUCCCGAUUCGUCUUUUUUGCGGGAACAUUGAUUGGGGACCGAAGCCGUUUAGAUUCAACAAUGCUUGGCUUAAACAUGAGGACUUCAAAUUAUUCAUUUGUAGUGAAUGGGAUAAAUUGAAGUUUGUGGGAAGAGGAGAUUUCGUCCUCUUUGAAAAAUUAAAAGCUUUGAAGCCUCGUAUCAAAAGGUGGAAUCAUGAGGUGUUUGGGUGGAUCGACUUAAAGAUAGAGGAUGAGGUUGGUAAGAUCAACGAGUUGGAUGCUUCUAUCACAAACAAUUUCGGGAGUUCCUCCUUUUCUUUAGUGGAAGAUAGGAAAGAAGCUACUAAGUAA